AUGUCUCUGCGCUGCCUGGUCAUCACCCGCUGUGAAGUACCUUGUUGUUGUUCUCUCUGCAGAGACGUCCAUGCUGUGUGUUUAUGGGACGACAAAGGUCCGGCCAAAAUCCACCAGGCCCUCAAAGAAGACAUCCUCGACUUCAUCAAGCAAGCACAAGCUCGUGUUCUGAGCCACCAGGACGACACGGCCCUGCUGAAGGCCUACAUUGUGGAGUGGAGGAAGUUCUUCACGCAGUGCGACAUCCUGCCCAAACCCUUCUGCCAGCUGGAGAUCACGCUGAUGGGCAAACAAGGCAGCAACAAGAAGACAAACAUGGAGGACAGCAUCGUACGCAAGCUGAUGCUGGACACGUGGAACGAGUCGAUAUUUUCCAACAUUAAGAGUCGCCUGCAGGACAGCGCCAUGAAGCUGGUGCACUCCGAGAGGCUCGGCGAGGCCUUCGACUCCCAGCUCGUUAUCGGCGUCCGCGAGUCCUACGUUAACCUUUGUUCUAACCCUGAUGAUAAGCUGAAGAUCUACAGGGAAAACUUUGAGAAAGCCUACCUGGACUCCACAGAGAGGUUCUACAGAACACAGGCGCCGUCCUACCUGCAGCAGAACGGCGUUCAAAACUACAUGAAAUACGCUGAUGCGAAGCUAAGAGAAGAAGAGAAGCGAGCUCUGAGAUAUCUAGAAACGUGUCGUGAAUGUAACUCUGUACAAGCACUUAUGGAGUGUUGCGUUAACGCUUUGGUGACGUCGUUCAAGGAGACCAUUUUGGCCGAAUGUCCAGGAAUGAUCAAACGCAACGAGACAGAAAAGCUGCACCUGAUGUUUUCUCUGAUGGACAAAGUUCCCGGCGGGACUGAGCCGAUGCUGAAGGAUUUAGAAGAGCACAUCGUUAACGCUGGACUGGCAGACAUGGUGGCUGCUGCCGAGACCAUCACUACUGACUCUGAGAAGUACGUGGAGCAGCUGCUAACUUUGUUCAACCGCUUCAGUAAGCUGGUGAAGGAGGCGUUCCAGGACGAUCCUCGCUUCCUCACCGCAAGAGAUAAGGCCUACAAGGCUGUUGUCAAUGACGCUACGAUCUUCAAACUGGAGCUGCCUUUGAAGCAGAAGGGUGUGGGGAUAAAGACUCAGCCCGAGUCCAAGUGUCCCGAGCUGCUGGCGAACUACUGCGACAUGUUGCUGAGGAAGACCCCCCUCAGCAAGAAACUCACCUCAGAGGAAAUUGAGCUCAAACUCAAAGAAGUGCUCUUAGUCUUGAAGUACGUCCAGAACAAAGAUGUGUUUAUGCGGUACCAUAAGGCCCACCUAACAAGGCGCCUGAUUCUGGACAUUUCAGCCGACAGCGAGAUCGAAGAGAACAUGGUGGAGUGGCUACGGGAGGUAGGAAUGCCUGCUGAUUACGUGAACAAGCUCGCCAGGAUGUUUCAGGACAUCAAGGUCUCGGAGGACCUCAAUCAGGUCUUCAAAGAGAUGCACAAACACAACAAGCUGGCUCUACCAGCGGACAGCGUCAACAUUAAGAUCCUGAAUGCCGGCGCUUGGUCCCGAAGCAGUGAGAAGGUUUUCGUCUCGCUUCCCACGGAGCUGGAGGACCUCAUCCCUGAAGUGGAGGACUUCUAUAAGAGGAACCACAGCGGUCGUAAGCUCCACUGGCAUCACCUCAUGUCCAACGGCAUUAUCACCUUCAAAAACGAGGUGGGUCAGUACGACCUGGAGGUGACGACGUUCCAGCUCGCCGUGUUGUUCGCCUGGAAUCAGAGGCCGAGGGAGAAAAUCGGCUUUGAGAACCUCAAACUGGCCACGGAGCUGCCGGAUGCGGAGCUGCGGCGAACCCUCUGGUCUCUGGUUGCGUUUCCCAAACUGAAGCGGCAGGUGUUGUCGUACGACCCGCCUGUUAGUUCGCCAAAAGACUUCACAGACGCCACAAUCUUCUACGUCAACCAGGACUUUUCGCUCAUUAAAAACUCCAAAGUGCAGAAGCGAGGAAAGAUCAAUCUGAUCGGUCGGCUGCAGCUCACGACGGAGCGAAUGAGAGAAGAGGAGAACGAAGGGAUCGUUCAGCUCCGAAUACUCCGAACUCAGGAGGCCAUCAUCCAAAUCAUGAAGAUGAGGAAGCGCAUCAGCAACGCCCAGCUGCAGACGGAGCUCGUGGAGAUCCUGAAGAACAUGUUCCUGCCUCAGAAGAAGAUGAUCAAGGAGCAGAUCGAGUGGCUCAUCGAACACAAGUACAUUAAGAGGGACGAGUCGGACAUCAACACCUUCAUCUACAUGGCCUAGGCAGCGAGGACGGAGCGCACCUUUACCGUUUUUAUCUGCUGGCCUGCAGCCGGCGCUUUAACGUCCCACACGGGGAGCCGAACCAGGAACUAAAGCUGGUGUUUGAGGAGGAGAGAGGUGGUGAUGGACAGGGAGGUGAAGCUCUGCAGAAGUGUGGAUGUGAGGAGCCAGAGGAGAUGGGGCUGUCUGUGCGUCUCUGCUGCCCUCUAGUGUUUCACCAGGGGACAGCCGCCUUUUUUGCCAGAGGCUCAGAAGAAAAACAAUUCAAUAAAUAAAAUACUUCCUGCCUUACUUUUCUCAGAC